CCGUAACCCGCCCUAAACCCUAGCUUCAUCCGCCUAUUUAUUCACAGCUUCUUUCUCUCAUUUUCUCAUCGUCUUCUCUUCUAGUCUUUAGCUUCUGCUUGUAUUUUCUCCUUUCAGUCAUGGCAGAAGUUGAGUUCAGAUGCUUCGUUGGUGGUUUGGCCUGGGCCACCACUGAAAGUUCUCUACAUGAUGCGUUCUCUUCCUUCGGCGAGGUCAUCGAAUCGAAGAUCAUCAACGAUCGUGAGACCGGUAGAUCCAGAGGUUUUGGCUUCGUUACAUUCAAGGAUGAGCAAGCAAUGAAGGAUGCUAUUGAGGGGAUGAACGGCCAGUCUCUUGACGGGCGUAACAUAACUGUUAACGAGGCUCAGUCUCGCGGAAGCGGCGGCGGCGGCGGCGGUGGCGGUUUCCGUGGUGGACGUCGUGAGGGUGGAGGCGGUGGCGGCUAUGGUGGCCGCAGGGAAGGUGGUUAUGGUGGUGGCGGCGGUGGCGGCUAUGGUGGCCGCAGGGAAGGUGGUUAUGGAGGCGGUGGCUACGGCGGAGGUGACCGCUACUCUAGGGGAGGCGAUGAUGGAAGCUGGAGGAACUAAUCUAGCUUUAUUGUUGCGUGGUUAAUGUUUUGUCCCUGGAUCUGUUAGAUAUUAGAUCUUGUUAGGGUCCUUCUGCUAUGGUGUUUGGUGUUACUUUAAGUCUGCGUGUUCUGGUUAUCCGUUUCGGUUAUCUGUGGUUCGAUUUGUUUGUAAAUCUGUAUUUACAAAGUUCUCGAGGAAUGAUGUAAACGUUGAUUUGCAUUUU